AUGGUGUUGCCUAAAGGCCAGGAUGACAGGUCCAAAGAAGAUAUUGUGAAGUUAUUGGAAUAUAUGGUGAAUAACAUUCCAUCCAAUGACAGGCACGUGUUCAAAACAACCCAGUCACUGAUGGACUGGGAAAAAGUAGCUUUUAAAGAUUUUCCUGGGGAAAUGUGCAAACUCAAAUGGUUAGAAAUUUCUUAUAACUUGAGAAAGUUUUGCACUUUGAAAGAAUUAGUCCUGGAAGCAAAGGAAAAUGUUGACAAUCCUUACAAAUGCAGAAAACACAAGAAGCAUCCUGAUUUACCCAAGAAGCCCUUGACAGCUUACCUCUGCUUUUUCAAAAAGAUGCGACUCCAGUACCAAAAACACCCUAAGCUGAGCAACCAGGAGCUGACCAAGGUUCUGUCUGAGGAAUACAAGAAGCUUCCAGAGCAGCUGAAGCUGAAAUAUAGUCAAGAUUUCUAGAAGGAGAAACAGAAGUUUAAGGAGAAAAUGACUCUGUUCAGAGAACAGCACCCUGAUCUGGUCCAGAGCUCCACGAAAUCUGAUGUCCCCAAAGGAAGCCAAAUCAAAGUGCCAAAGAAGUUUCAGGGAAAUGUGCAAAAAGUGGUCUCCCCCCAGAAACAGUUUAUUCAUGAAGAGCCCAAGAAGCCACCUAUGAAUGGCUAUCACAAGUUCCACCAGGAUUUGUGGUUGAGUAGGGAGCUGAGGGUUGCCCUGAGGGAGCACGUGGUAGAGAUUAGUAGAUGCUGGCAGCGUGUCCCACAGAACCAGAAGGAGCAUUAUAAGAAGGAGGCUGAGGAACUGCAGAAACAGUACAAGGUGGACCUUGAUCUCUGACUCAAGAGUCUGUCUCCUGAAGAACAUGCUUAUUACAGAGAGACAACCUAUUUGAAGCGUAAGAACAUGAACAUGAUGGGAGGCCCUAAUCCCAAGAUUAGGAGGAUGGAUCUGCAGUCCCCAUCAUCAGGGAAUCUGCAGGGAGGGCUUGGACUGGGCCAGGGGCUUCAGGCUCCAGAGACAGAAUUAUCAGAUAUGAUUGGAGAAUAUUUUCCUGCCUCAGGGAGAUCAGAGGAAAAUAAGGAAGAUGAACAAGAGGAGAAAGGCAGCAACUCCUCAGACCACAGCAGUAGGUGA